AUGGACCACCGCGAGUCACUACGGACCACCGCGAGUCACUACGGACCACCGCGAGUCACUACGGACCACCGCGAGUCACUACGGACCACCGCGAGUCACUACGGACCACCGCGAGUCACUACGGACCACCGGGAACCUCUACGGACCACCGCGAGUCACUACGGACCACCGGGAGCCACUACGGACCACCGGGAGCCACUACGGACCACCGCGAGUCACUACGGACCACCGCGAGUCACUACGGACCACCGCGAGUCACUACGGACCACCGCGAGUCACUACGGACCACCGCGAACCUCUACGGACCACCGGGAGCCUCUACGGACCACCGGGAGCCACUACGGACCACCGGGAGCCACUACGGACCACCGGGAGCCUCUACGGACCACCGGGAGUCACUACGGACCACCGGGAGCCACUACGGACCACCGGGAGCCUCUACGGACCACCGGGAGCCACUACGGACCACCGGGAGCCUCUACGGACCACCGGGAGCCACUACGGACCACCGGGAGCCACUACGGACCUCCGCGAACCACUACGGACCACCGCGAACCACUACGGACCUCCGCGAACCUCUACGGACCUCCGCGAACCUCUACGGACCACCGGGAGCCUCUACGGACCACCGCGAGCCACUACGGACCUCCGCGAACCACUACGGACCUCCGCGAACCACUACGGACCACCGCGAACCACUACGGACCUCCGCGAACCUCUACGGACCACCGGGAGCCACUACGGACCACCGGGAGCCACUACGGACCACCGGGAGCCACUACGGACCACCGGGAGCCUCUACGGACCACCGCGAACCACUACGGACCACCGGGAGCCUCUACGAACCACCGUGAACCUCUACGGACCACCCGGAGCCUCUACGGACCACCGGGAACCACUACGGACCACCGCGAACCACUACGGACCACCGGGAGCCACUACGCACCACCGGGAGCCACUACGGACCACCGGGAGCCACUACGCACCACCGGGAGCCUCUACGCACCACCGGGAGCCACUACGGACCACCGGGAGCCACUACGCACCACCGGGAGCCACUACGCACCACCGGGAGCCACUACGGACCACCGCGAACCACUACGGACCACCGGGAACCACUACGGACCACCGGGAGCCACUACGGACCACCGGGAGCCUCUACGCACCACCGGGAGCCACUACGGACCACCGGGAGCCACUACGCACCACCGGGAGCCACUACGCACCACCGGGAGCCACUACGGACUACCGCGAACCACUACGGACCACCGGAAGCCACUACGGACCACCGCAAACCACUACGGAUCACCGCAAACCACUACGGAUCACCGCGAACCACUACGGACCACCAGGAACCACUACGGACCACCGGGAACCACUACGGACCACCAGAAGCCUCUCUACCGGUACAUAGACUCCCGCGUAAGAAUCACUGGUUCAAAACAAUUUGUUCCACGUCGUUUUCUGUUGCAGGAGCGACAGGUUAGAUUUAUGGAGGAACUAAAGCACAGCGCCACCGCCCAAGAUUGA